AAACAAAUAAUCCGACGAAGAAGAAACCAACAACAAAAUAUGCGAAAGUUUACCUGAACUGACACUUCGAUUCGGUCUUUUCAGUAAGAGGGAUGGGGCUCUUACCAGAGAGAAGCAGUUUAUGUGUACUUUUCCUCAUUAUACUCCUGUCAGAAGGACAUUUUCGAUGGGUUGGGGCCCAGCACUGUGUGUGGUACGGUGAGUGCGGCGAGUCCGCAAAGGUGCCUGGAAAAAAGUACAACUGCAACUACACCGGUCCUCCUAUGCCGCUAAAAGAUGAGGGUUAUGACCUUCUCACGGAGCUUUGUCCUGGGUAUGACUAUGGAAACCGAAGUCUCUGCUGCAAUGUUGACCAAUUGCGCACUCUCAAAGGGAGUCUCCAGCUUCCCCUUCAGUUCCUGUCUCGGUGUCCCGCCUGUUUCUUCAAUCUGAUGAACCUCUUCUGUGAGCUGACAUGCAGCCCCCACCAGAGUCAGUUCAUGAAUGGCACCAAGUUCAAUGAGUCCAAUGUUGUGGAAGUGCAGUACUACAUCGGACAAACGUUCUCUAACGCCAUGUACAAUGCCUGUAAGGACGUCCAGGCUCCAUCUAGCAAUGUGAAGGCCUUAUCACUGCUGUGUGGCAAGGAUGCAAAGGACUGCAAUGCUACUAACUGGAUCCAGUACAUGUUCGAUAUUAACAAUGGACAGACUCCCUUUCCUAUCGUCCCGAUCUUCUCAGAUGUCCCAGUUUCUGGUUACACUCCCAUGAACAACAAGACAUAUGACUGCACAGAGGGCCUGGAGGACGGCUCAGGUCCCUGCUCCUGUCAGGACUGCACAAAGGCCUGUGGUCCCAAACCUGUCCCUCCCCCUCUCCCACCUCCCUGGACUAUCCUUGGUAUGGAUGCCAUGACUGUCAUCAUGUGGAUCUCUUACAUGGCCUUCCUGCUUAUCUUUAUUGGUGCUGUGCUAGCAGCUUGGUGUUACAGGAAAAGGACAAUCAUGUCUGAGUAUGGCCCCAUAUUGGACAGCAAUAACCCACUGUCUCUCAACAGUGACGAUCCUGACCAAGUAUACGCAUCCUGUUGUGAAACGCUGGGCGAACGCUUUGAGAAUGCACUGCGGAUUCUCUUUACCUCCUGGGGUUCCUUCUGUGUGCGGCGUCCCUCUCUGGUCAUACUGGGCAGCCUGAUACUGGUGGUAGCCUCCUCUGGUGGCCUGGUCUAUAUGCGCAUUACCACCGACCCCGUUGAGUUGUGGUCGUCUCCAAGCAGCCAGGCACGCCAGGAUAAGGACUACUUUGACAGCCACUUCGGACCCUUCUUUAGAACUGCACAGCUCAUUAUAACCACUCCCAUCAAUGACACUUUCAUCUACUCCCCCUACUUCGGAGGAUCAGAUGUCCCAUUUGGAGCCAUCCUUCGCAAAGAUAUCCUUCACCAGGUGCUGGAUCUGCAGCUUGCGAUUGAAGGCCUUGUUGCCACAUACGAGGGGAAAAACGUUACCUUAAAGGACAUUUGCUUGGCUCCUUUGGCCCCAUACAAUGACAACUGUACGAUCUUGAGUGUCCUCAACUACUUCCAGAACAGCCACACUGUGCUGGACCACAGCAUUGGAGAUGACUUCUUUGUCUACGCUGACUUUCACAGCCACUUCCUCUACUGUGUCAGUGCACCAGCGUCCCUCAACGACACCACUCUCCUCCAUGAUCCCUGUCUUGGCACUUAUGGAGGCCCCGUCUUCCCUUGGCUGGCGCUUGGAGGCUAUGACGAAACCAACUACAACAAUGCCACUGCUCUAGUGAUCACCUUUCCACUCAACAACUACCUGAACGACUCUGUCAGGAUGGGCAAAGCUCUGGCAUGGGAGAAAGAAUUCAUCCACUUCAUGAAAAACUUCAAAAACCCCAACCUGACCAUAGCCUUUAACUCAGAGAGGAGUGUUGAAGAUGAACUCGACAGAGAGAGCAACAGUGACAUCAGCACCAUAGUAAUCAGCUAUGCCAUUAUGUUCAUCUACAUCUCCCUGGCCCUGGGUCACAUCUGCAGCUUCAGGAGAGUAAUGGUGGACUCUAAGAUUUCUCUGGGUAUAGCAGGUAUCCUGAUCGUGCUGAGCUCUGUGGCCGCCUCACUGGGCAUCUUCAGCUAUGUUGGUAUCCCGCUCACACUCAUUGUCAUUGAGGUCAUUCCCUUCCUGGUGUUGGCUGUUGGAGUGGAUAACAUCUUUAUUAUAGUUCAAACAUACCAGAGAGAUGAGCGGAUGCCUCAGGAGGAACUUCACCAGCAGAUCGGUCGUAUUCUUGGAGACGUUGCCCCCAGCUUGUUACUCUCCUCCUUCUCUGAGACGGUGGCCUUCUUCCUGGGAGCCCUGUCCAACAUGCCUGCAGUGAGGACUUUCUCUCUUUUUGCUGGCUUGGCUGUUUUCAUUGAUUUCCUGUUGCAGAUCAGUUGCUUUGUCAGCUUGCUCGGCUUGGACGCCAGAAGACAGGAGGGGAAUCGCCUUGACAUCCUCUGCUGUGUGAAGCUGCCAGAAGGUCAGGAAACGAAAACAGACGGCUUACUCUUCCGUUUUUUCAAGAAAGUCUAUGCCCCAUUCAUUCUCAAAGAGUGGGUGCGACCGAUCAUAGUGGCCGUGUUUGUAGGAAUACUCUCCUUCAGUAUUGCUGUGGUGAAUAAAGUAGAUAUCGGACUGGACCAGAAACUCUCCAUGCCUGAUGACUCAUACGUGUUGGACUACUUUAAGAACUUGAGCGAGUAUCUCCACACUGGAGCUCCAGUGUACUUCGUGGUGGAGGAUGGUCUCAACUACAGUAGCCUGGAGGGUCAGAAUCUUGUGUGUGGAGGGGUGGGCUGCAACAAUGACUCCCUGGUCCAACAAGUUUACGCCGCCUCACUCAUCAGUGACUACACAACCAUUGCCUUCACUCCGUCCUCCUGGCUGGAUGACUACUUUGACUGGGUGAAGCCUCAGUCCACCUGCUGUCGAUAUUAUAACAGCACGGGGGCCUUCUGCAACGCCUCGGUGGUAAACUCAUCCUGCGUUCACUGUCGGCCCAUGACUCCCAGCGGAAAGCAGAGGCCCGUUGGAGACGACUUCAUGCGGUUUCUACCCAUGUUCUUGUCAGACAAUCCUAACGUCAAGUGUGGAAAAGGGGGCCAUGCAGCCUACGCCACAGCAGUUGAUCUGCAUCCCGACAACACAGGAGUCGGAGCCACUUACUUUAUGACGUAUCACACCAUCCUGAAGGAGUCCCCAGACUUCAUAGAUGCUUUGAAAAUGGCCCGAAUCCUGGCUGAAAAUAUCAGUCAGUCCAUGGACCACAAAGUUUUUGCCUACAGCGUGUUCUAUGUGUUUUACGAGCAGUACCUGACCAUCGCAUAUGACACGGCUCUGAACUUGAGCGUGUCCCUGGCAGCCAUAUUUGUUGUGACGACAGUGUUGUUGGGCUUCGAGCUGUGGUCAGCCGUCAUCGUCUGCAUCACCAUCGCCAUGAUCCUGGUCAACAUGUUCGGCGUCAUGUGGCUGUGGGACAUCAGUCUCAACGCGGUAUCGCUUGUGAACUUGGUCAUGAGCGUUGGUAUUUCAGUAGAGUUCUGCAGUCAUAUCGUUCGAGCUUUUUCCAUCAGCGUGAAGAAGGACAGAGUGGAGCGGGCUGAGGAGGCCCUGGCUCACAUGGGAAGCUCUGUUUUCAGUGGGAUCACGUUAACAAAGUUCGGAGGUAUCCUCAUUCUAGCGCUUUCCAAGUCCCAGAUCUUCCAGGUCUUCUACUUUAGGAUGUACCUGGCCAUAGUGCUGCUGGGGGCCACGCACGGUCUCAUCUUCCUCCCUGUACUGCUCAGUUAUAUAGGUCCGUCAGUGAACAAAGCGAAGGUGUUUGCGGCUAACCAGCGCUAUGCCGGUACAGAAAGGGAGUGCCUCCUCAACUACUAGCAAGCUGUCAGAGACAAUGAACAGUGAACUAACUAUCUGUCUGGGAGAGACUGUGUGGGUGUGCGCGCAAGCCAUUUCUGCGAUUACUGACACACUCAUCAUCGCUGCAACUACUAUGCAUGGAUUUAACUCAGGAAUAUACCCAGGAGUAGGAGUACCAGAGGCCUUUCAGACUGCAUACUUUGAUUUCCUCAGAAGACUGUGGACCACCACCAAUCCUCCUCCUCCUCACACUACAAUACAGGCCUGACUUCAGCAUUUGAAGCACGAGCGAUACAAGCAGAACAAAGAGAAAUAACACUUUUUAAAAGUGUGGAAGUAGCAGAGACAUCACCACCAAGAUCAGUUUACAGACAAACUCUCAGUCGGUUCCAUAUGCUAUGAGUUGUUUUGAUUUCGGAAAACUCAAAAGGGUAAAACUGGUCAGUUUUUUCAUGUUUUUUAAAAUAUAUAUACCAGAGAAAACGAUGUUUAAAAGGAUUUUUUUUUUGAAAAUGUUGACUUUUGUAGAACUAUGUGAUGUUAUGAAUCAUUUAUCACCUGGGGUACCACACACACUUGAGUUAACAAAUAACAGAACUGAUAUCAUAGGCCCUCAUUAUACUUGGCAUUUACAUGAAUCUUAGGGCUUUGUCUAUAUACUGUAUUAUAGAGCAGGACAGUCAGUUGUAGCAUUUUCAACUAGCAAUAAUGUGUUUCCUGUGCACAUGAAGAAAUUAGGAUUUUUCUUUGCGGUUUGUAAGUAGUAGUAAUAUUUUUUUAUUGUUUUGACUCCACUCCAACCAACUGGAUUUAAAAUGAAACAAUAUCUAUGAGGGCAAAGUGCUGACUUUCAGCUCACAGGGUUUUUUGGGAUGUUCAGUUGUGUUGGAAUCAUUUCUACACGGAUGUAGAUGCAAACACGUUCAAAACUCAAACCUCAUAGUCAUUGUAUUGGAAUACAAAGCCAAUACUGAGUAGUCCAAAUAUGUGUGCGCACUGCAAUGUAGGUGUUGCAUGUUGCUCUGCAAAUCACAUCCAGCCAUGUCUUUUAUUUCCACUUGCUAUUUACAUUAUCCUGUGUCACAUUUCAUUUUUAGAGCUAGUUAAUGUGCUUAGUGUCCAUUAUACUGUAAGUGUUUGCAGGACCAGAUUGUUUUGGCUUUUACAAAUGGUCACAGCAAAAAAAACCACUGUGUCCGUCCAGAUACAUGUUCAUGCCAGGUGUAAAGGGUGCUAUAAUGCUAAUAAUGGUUUUACUGAAGUGUAAAUUAAAUAUUUUAGUUACUGAACAUGAUUUUUGUUGCAUUAAGAGUUGAGAGAGACAAAGCUUUAUAUAUAACUGUAAAUACACAGGACAUCUGUAUUCUUUCAUGUAGAGUGUGUUCAUACAUAAGUCUGUAAAAUACUGGAUUAAUGAUACAGUCCUGGGAUUUUUCCAUUCCUACACCUUUAAGUUAUUAUUGUUUUUAAUUAUGUUAACUAUUGACAUUUGGUUGUCAUGCAUUGCUGUGUGAAAACCCUCCUCCAGUGUCCUUGCAAAUAAUUCCUCUAGAGCAAUCACUUGGGUUUGAAGGAGAACCGCAGGUUUAGUAGUGAGAGGGUUGGGACAUCACUGGAAGAGGUUGUUAACAUUUUACACAAGGUGUAUAAAAUCUGCAGGGACUUAAAGGAACAGGAACAUUCCUUUUGUUUUAGUUUUCCGACGACGCGGUAAUGUUUUUUGGAAUGUAAGAAUGAAUAAGAAAGUUUGAACCUGGAUGUGAAAAAUGUUAAUGAGCAACUGACCAAGUUGUAACAUUAAUGCUGAUAAUUGUGCUUGUUAACAGUGCUGUGCAUUGAUAUAGACGAAUCAUCCCUCAACCUGAACAUGAUUGUAGAAAGAGAGACUAAAACAACAAUUGGGAUAUUUUAGUUUUUAACAAUUUUAACACAUUAAAACUUUCUCUGAAAAGUAUGUAGUGGAGCCUGAUUCACUGUGGAGACGCCUCUUUGAAUUGCUUUUUUUGUCCCUAAAUAUUUGAGCUAUACUAAUGUUUUUGCAGAUGUACAUUUGAUUUUAAAUGAUGUAACACUGUCAGUAGAAUGAAGUAAGAAGCUGCUGUAAAAGUUUCUCUUUAAUCAUAUGUUGCUUUUCAGCUCUUGUCUGAAGAAAAAUUUUUGAAACAAG